AUGGCAUCACUCCAACAAUACAUAAUUGACGUUAAAUCUGCAAUUUCUAACGAAGAUUCCAUCAAGUUGAAGGACUUGAUUUCAAUACGGCCUCAAGGUGAAGAGGGUAUUAAGCGGUCACAAUUCGAUAUACCGUCCUCAGCUGAUGUAUCUGUGCUUCCCGAAAGAUUUCAGUCGGUGGUCACUUCAUACAUUCAACUUUUAAAACUGGUCUACAUUCAAUCAGAUAUCAAGGCUGCUUUCAAAGACCUCAAUACUUUAACAACUAACCUUAUUCGAGCCGCCGAGUCCCAAACUAACUGGAUAAACCUUCCGUUGAUCAACGCCUGCAAAGAGCUCAUUUCCGUAUACCAAGUACAACAGAAAAACUUUCCUGAUGAGGAACCAGUUAAUGACAUUGUCGUCGAUGCCGCUGCCACAGAAACCGGAAAAGCAUCACCAACUCUCGAAUUGUUGGUUACUACCAUCAACAAAGCGUUCAAGCUCUCGUUGACAGACAAAACCCUCGAACUUGAGCAUCAAAAGCGUCGAGAUAUCUACUUUUUCUUGGGUUGUUUGCUUCAAUUAUACUUCAAAAUGGGCAAAUUGGAGCUUGCAAAGUCGGUUCAGAAGGCAAUAAAAGGCACACGGCUUCUGCUUCCUAAUUUUUCUACUAAGAAACGUAAGAAAGGGCUCGCAAGUCCCAUUUCAACGAGAUGGUACGAAGUGUCAUACUUGUACUACAGUGCAUUGUUGUAUCUUGACGAUAUGGAUUUUGUUCAGGCCGAAGAAAGAUUAUCGACUGCUUUUGCGUUAAUAUCAUACUACUCCGACAAGGAAGCUGCUUCAAAGCAUACGGAAAGAAUCUUAUUGAUCCUUAUACCUUUAAAACUUCACAAUAGUCGCUUGACUCCCUCACAAGAAUUAUGGGACCAAUUUCCCACACUUCGCGAGAUAUACCGUGACAAUCUUUUCAAGGCCGUGUACAAUGGUAAUCUCCAACAGUUUGACGAAUGCUGUAAUCGGUAUAGAAUGUUGUUUUUAAAGAAGUACUUGUUCUUACUCAUUGAGCAAUUGCGGCCCCUCUGCUACUUGAAGUUGACCCGCAAAGUUUGCCUCAUCUACAAGGAACUCAACAAAGAUCCCAAAACCGAUCAUAUAGUACCGCUCUCUGCAAUCCAAGUUGCUUUUGAAAUGUCCGGGUUUUAUGGUGAAACCAUCGAUUUCAGCGAGCGGUCAUUCUACUACACUUUAGAUGCUCUUGAAUGCAUUUUGGCCAACCUUAUAGUGACAGGACGCAUCAAAGGCUACAUUUCUCACUCCAACAAGUGCAUUGUGUUGUCCAGAGCGACUCCAUUCCCACCCCAAGUGAUCAAGCCUUAA